UGCAGUGACGUAUUAACUGAGUGACUACAUUAAUUCUUUAUUUCUUUGCGAUAAAAUAUUUAUUAAUUCCAAAGUUACGUAAAAGUAAAAACAAGGGAAAAAAAUGAACUCGAAUUUUUUAAUGGGCAGGUUAUCCUACAUUAGCCGCGUGCCUUCGAUGACCAAAUAUCAAACGCCAAAAAGACUGUUUUCGUCAAAACUCAAGGAGAAUGACGAUGCCGAGGAAAUUCCAGUAAACCCAUUAAAAACCGUGUACACAGCGAGCCAUCAAAAAGGGGAUGGCAAGUUUUACGAUAAAAAGCCCUUUAAAAUCACCUGUGAAGAAGGCAAAGUGUAUCAUUGGUGUUUAUGUGGUCAUAGUAAAAACCAGCCAUUCUGUGAUGGCACUCACAACAACGUCUUCCUCAAAAUUAAGCACAAACCUGUGAAAUUUACCGUGACCAAAACUAAGGAAUAUUAUCUUUGCAACUGUAAACGUACUCAAAACAGACCAUUCUGCGAUGGCACACACAAGAAACCAGAAAUACAGGAAAUGAGGAAAUAUUAAAACAGCAUUUCUGCUUGAAUUGAUGGUAUAUAUAUAUAUAUAUAUUUUUUUUUUUUCUUUCAAUCACAUAAUUUACAGUAAGACCAUCAAGACAGAAAAUAUAAUUGUAAAAAUGAAAUUUACAAAUGCUUCCUGUUAUUACUGUAAAUAGAGGUUUAUACUAACUUUACAUAUUACAUAUGAGACAAAUAAAAGUCAAAUAGGAGUUGUAUGAAACAGUAGACACAAAUUUUCCAAUUCCUCAAAACCUGUUACUUUUUUCUCUGCUUUUUCUUGUAGAUUAAUGUAGAUUAAUUGCAACUUGUUUGCAAAAUCAUCGCAAUUAAAUUUACAAGUGUAGUUGUGCUGAAACAAGCAUUUCCUGUGUAAGGUUUGUCAACUCCUUAAUUAGAAAAUUUUUUAUUGUAUAUUUUCGUUGUUUUUUAGUAAACAACUAGUCCUAUUUAUGCAGUCACUUUCUAACAUGUACACGUUUUUUAUUUAUGUAAUCAGUGAUUUGUUGAGCUGACUUAUGAAAUGAAUUUCAUUUGCUUUCAGACUUCUUUUAAAUUUAUUGUUACUCUUAAUUAACUUAAAAAAUAUGUACAAGUUUAAAUAUUGGAAUAGUGUAAGAAAACAAUCAUAAAAAAAAAAGAAAAAAAUUAGUAUUA